AUGAUCGAACUAGCUGAUUUGCCUGAUGAAGUGAUCUUAGCCAUUAUGAAUAAAGUAGAAUAUCGAGCCGAACUACUUUGUUCUAUUAUUGGUAUUGGAAAUAAUCGUUUGGAACAACUUGCACUUGAUAAAUGUCAUUCAAUUGAUUUAACCUUCGACUAUUUUGAUUCUCCAUAUGAAUUACUUAUGCAACGAUUUUAUUCACAUGUUAUGCCUCGUAUUUACUAUAAUAUUCAAUCACUAACACUUAAUGUUCACCAUAUACGACAUUUUGUCACUUAUGUUAACGAAAACUAUAAUGGAACUCUUCUCAACUUGACACAUUUGAAAUUAGUGUUUGGUAAACGAUGCUUCAAAACAGGCACACCUUAUACAAUAGGUAAUGACAUCAAUAGUGUGUUACACGGUGAACCGCUAUUCUCAAUUAUUCCGGAAUUUCUUCAUUUUGAUGGGACUAUCGGUGGCCGAAUCUUAUCUGUUUUGCGUUGUUCACCACUUAUACAUUCUAUUAUCUCGUUUGAACUUGAUGAUGACUGUAUUUUUCCAGAUGCUCCUAAUGAUGAUGGAUUGUUCUUCGUUCAUUCAUCUCAGCUGACUCAUAUCCGCGUUACAUUAUGUCGAUUUGACCAUUGUGUCCGUUUACUGAAUCAAUUAGGACCACAAAUUCACUCAUUCUCUGUAAGCCUUGUACAUGUUCGUAUAGGCGAUGUUGAUAUUAUAUCUAAAAUGACAUCAAUAUCGUGUCCCAAUUUAAAAAUAUUGACAAUGACAAUUUAUCGCAAUAUUCUUUGCUACGAAGAAUGUAUUCCUCCUCUUUUACAACGUUUAUCGAAUGUUGAACAUUUAACAUUAUUACUAGCUGUUGGUGUAAUAGGAAAUAGACCGGAUCAUUUUAUUGAUGGAUUUGAUUUAGAGAAAGACAUUGUUUCAUAUAUGCCUCAUUUACGUCAAUUUAAGUUUCACAUUCGUUCAAUAUUAAUAGACGCUUCUCAUACAGAAGUUGACGCAAUUCGUCGAACCUGUGUCAAACAUCAAUCUGUGGGUUGUGCACUCGAUUAUUUCAAUAAUCAUUAUGGUCAAUGUCAAAUCUACUCACUUCCAUUUAUCGGCACUCGCCUUGACUUCAUCUCAAAUCGAUUUCCACUCUUCGAUAUUAAUAACACAUUCUCAAAUGUUACUGUGCUGUUACUUUUCGAUGAUGUGAAACCUUUUGAAAGUGUUUUCUUUGAACGUGUUACUCAAGCUUUACCUAGUCUUAGAACACUCGAAGUAUCUAAUGAACUUAAGCAACAAGAGAAAUCAGCAAAUAGUCUUGUGUUUGCUCGUUUAGCUACACUUAUUUUAUAUAACGUUCACAUGAAUUAUGCUGAACAACUUCUUUGUCGUGCUCGUCUUCCAUGUCUAAUCGAACUCGCUAUUCGCAAUGAUCUAUUACUGGCAAUGGUUGCUGGAGACAAUCAGCAAGCAAGAUAUAAUUGUUCAAAAGUUGAAACACUAAGAACAUCCGAGCUACCUUCUGAUCCAACGGAUUCUAUUCAAAACUUUUUCCCGUUAGAUUCAUGUUUUAAGUAUUCAAAGAAAGAACAAAAAUAA